AUGUCUCUGGAUCUUGAACACCAUCUCACCUUUUAUGGUGCUUACCACCAUAAUCCGGUCAAUGUUGCCAUUCACAUGGUUUGCGUUCCCCUCAUUCUCAUCUCAGGAUUCUCUUUGGCCACAUACAGCGGUACCCUAAUCCCCACACCGUCUUGGCUUAACUUUCCUUAUUUGGAGCCGAAUCUUGGCGUCAUUGCCGCAAGUGUGUAUUCUUUGCUUUAUCUGCUCUUGGAGCCUUUUGCUGGUUUUCUUCUGGCCAUCGUUUGUAUGGCUGGGACAGCUUCGGCCAACUACCUACGCCAACAAAACCCUGACUCAACCUUUCAGGGUGCUCUGGCUGUGCACAUUGUCUGUUGGAUCUUCCAGUUCAUUGGACAUGGAAAGUAUGAGGGUCGAGCUCCCGCUUUGCUUGACAACCUGGUUCAAGCCAUCUUCCUAGCUCCCAUGUUUGUGUGGCUUGAAAUUCUCUUCAAGCUUGGAUACAGACCUGAGCUCCGAGCCCGUGUCAACAAGAAAGUUCAGAUCGAGGUUGAGAAGUUUAGGGCUAAGAAUGGCAAGGCUCAAUAG